UGCUGGCAGAGGCUGAACUCACUCGGCCUCGGCGGAGACCUGCUCCCCAGAAGACGACUUCGCCUCCGGUGCGCCCUGGGGGACGCGGGCUGGCUGCUGGAGGAACUCGGCGGAGACACGCCCCUCGCCUCCCCGCGGAGCGCGGACUCAACCCGGUGCCCAAACUCCGCCCAUCCUCAUGAGAGCUUAGCUCUCCCGCCUAACCCCCCCGCACUCCGGACCGAGCAGGGCCUGGGGAAAGGCUCCCUGAACUGCGCGGACGCCGAAUGGGACGCGCUCCAGAAGCGCACGAGUCUGCUGCCACGCGCGCUGCGAUGGCUGCCAGGGGCUGAGCUCAGGGUGGGCAGAGGAAGCGGUUAGACACACCGAAGCUGAGCUGCACCCUUCUAAGGUAGGGAGGAGAAAGAUGCCCUAAUGAAGUUGAUCUUCGAGCCGAGGAGGCUGGGGAGCACUCUCUCCAGGCUAGAGCCUUGCAGAGCGAGUUUUGCCUGACCUCGCCGCGCCUCUGGCGCGCUCUGCAGCGCGGACCCGCGGCCCCUCGGGAAAGCGCAGUAGGAAAGUUAUCCGCGGCGGUGCCCUGCGCGCCCUGUUGUGUAACCUUGGCGUUGCCAGCGGACGGGGAAGUUGCUGGCCUGCCCGACAGCCAGUUCGGUGGCGGCCCGGGGCGGAUUUCAUGGCCCGCGGCGAACGCGGGGCUGGAGCCGGCGUGGGCAAGCCCCCGCGCGCCGCCUCCCGCGGGGAUCCCGCGAGCCCGCUCACUUCCGCUCGCUGGGUUUUCCGAUGCUUGCUGCGUCCCUGGCCGCCGCUGCCCUCUCGCCGCCGCUUGCCCCUCGGAGCCGCCGCCUAAGUCGAGGAGGACAGAAUGACCGAGGUGCUGUGGCCGGCUGUCCCCAAUGGGACGGACACUGCCUUCCUGGCCGGUCCGGGUUCGUCCUGGGGGAACAGCACGGUCCCCUCCACCGCCGCCGUCUCGGCGCCUUUCAAAUGUGCCCUGACCAAGACAGGCUUCCAGUUUUACUACCUGCCGACCGUCUACAUCUUGGUGUUCAUCAUCGGCUUCCUGGGCAACAGCGUGGCCAUCUGGAUGUUCGUCUUCCACAUGAAGCCCUGGAGCGGCAUCUCCGUGUACAUGUUCAACUUGGCUCUGGCCGACUUCUUGUACGUGCUGACUCUGCCAGCCCUGAUCUUCUACUACUUCAAUAAAACAGACUGGAUCUUCGGGGACGUCAUGUGUAAACUGCAGAGGUUCAUCUUCCAUGUGAACCUCUAUGGCAGCAUCUUGUUUCUGACAUGCAUCAGUGCCCACCGGUACAGCGGUGUGGUGUACCCCCUCAAGUCCCUGGGCCGGCUCAAAAAGAAGAACGCGGUCUAUAUCAGCGUGCUGGUGUGGCUCAUCGUGGUGGUGGCGAUCUCUCCCAUCCUCUUCUACUCGGGUACCGGGGUCCGCAAAAACAAAACCAUCACCUGUUAUGACACCACCUCAGACGAGUACCUGCGAAGUUAUUUCAUCUACAGCAUGUGCACGACCGUGGCCAUGUUCUGUGUCCCCUUGGUGCUGAUUCUGGGCUGUUACGGAUUAAUUGUGAGAGCUUUGAUUUACAAAGAUCUGGACAACUCUCCUCUGAGGAGGAAAUCGAUUUACCUGGUGAUCAUUGUACUGACUGUUUUUGCUGUGUCUUACAUCCCUUUCCAUGUGAUGAAAACGAUGAACUUGAGGGCCCGGCUUGAUUUUCAGACCCCAGCAAUGUGUGCUUUCAAUGACAGGGUUUAUGCCACGUAUCAGGUGACAAGAGGUCUAGCAAGUCUCAACAGUUGUGUGGACCCCAUUCUCUAUUUCUUGGCGGGAGAUACUUUCAGAAGGAGACUCUCCCGAGCCACAAGGAAAGCUUCUAGAAGAAGUGAGGCAAAUUUGCAAUCCAAGAGUGAAGACAUGACCCUCAAUAUUUUAUCAGAGUUCAAGCAGAAUGGAGAUACAAGCUUGUGAAGGCACAAGAAUCUCCAGACACCUCACUGUUGUAAUAUGGUAGGAUGCUUAAAGAACCAAGUGCUUCUCCCACCUUUAAACUUUCUAGUAAGUGCAGGGGAAAAAAAAAAAAAAAACCACCAAGAAAAUAGUGAGUUUAAAAAUAUAUAGAAGUGCCCACAUCCACACUUAGAUUGUUAGGGUUUGCUUUCAAAGUCUCCCUUCUUUCUGACUAGAAGUAUGCAUAAUAAAACAACACUACCUAGUUAAAAAUUUACUUUCUCUUUUGCAUUUAAAAUUUACAAGCUUUUCUUUUUAAUGUGUGUGUGCACAUGAGUAUGAGGGCUAUUUUGAUGUUAAUAAUUUCCCUAAGAAAACUAGCCCCCUGCAACUUUGAGUUUGUGGUUUAUCUAGUCUUUAUUGUUUUUAAAAAUUCAGUAGGAAUAAAAUGAAAAUCUACAUUCUCAAAAAUAUUUAGCAUAGUAUAACAAAACACUAAACUCAGUUCAUCCAGUAUCAGAUCAAUGGAUCUCUGAGCAGGGUGUCUUUUUCAGUAUCUUAUAAGCAUAGAUGAUAGUUGACUGAGUUUUUUUAGGAAAUUGAAUAGAAAAGUAAAGUUAAUUUAAAAACCUGAAAAAUGAUUGUUUUCCAGCUAUUUCUGAAAAAGGUCUCAUUAUAUAUUGGGUGCUAAAUGUUUGAUGGAGAAAGCCUGCAUAUAUUAUUGUAUACUGGUAAAAUGCAUUCAAAAUAAUUAAAGUGCAUGUAUUUUCCUUGUAAACACCAUGAACUCUCUUAGGCAGCUUGUGAUAAAGAGCAUUUACUUGCAGCACUGCUGUGCUAUGCCUGAGGACUUUGUUUGUGUUCCAGGAUAAGUGUUCACUCACAUCUGUAAAAACAAAUUUUAAGAAUUGCAAAUAAAUUACAGACAAAAGUUUGAGUAAAGUCAAAUAACUGUUAGUAAGUUGAAGGAUAUUGGGCAGGAGGACAGUAUUUCAGAAAAGGAGUGGUUGACAGUCAUCCACAAUGCAUAGCCUCCAAGAAUACUCUCAAAUGUAUGAAGCAACUGGGAUGGGCAGAAGACAUUUUAAAAUGAGGACUUCAGUUUAAAUUAAAACCAUGGUGGAGAAGGCUCUUUUUGCUUCCUCUUAAGUGUUUGAAAACACAAAAUUCCAUAU